CUCGGGGUCAUACAGUCGCGCGACACUCUUAAAGACGCUUGUAGAGAGUCGCUCGGGCUGUCUCUUGUUCUUCUCUCGCUCUCCAGUCAUCGUAGUCAUGCUGUGUACAAAGCACGCGCUGAUCAGCAGCCUGCUCUUCUGGGUACACCAUGCGACCGCGGCCCCGCCUAUUAACGCGGUUGGCGACGCAGAUAGCAGCCGCAAUCCAGGCCCGGUAGACGCAAACAGCCGCGCGAAUGGCGCCCGCAGGCUCACGGGGAGGUUCCUCCAUAUCACGGACUUCCACCCCGACCCUUUCUACAAGACAUAUUCCAGCACAACAGCCGAUGCAGCAUGCCAUCGCAAGCGAGGGCCCGCGGGCAUCUACGGCGCAGAGACGACGGGCUGCGACUCUCCUUUUGCCCUUGUCAACCAGACGUUCCAAUGGAUACAGGACAACAUCAAGGAUGAAAUCGACUUCAUCAUAUGGACAGGCGACUCGGCGCGCCACGACAAUGACGAGGAGAUACCGCGAACACACGAUCAGAUUGUCGACCAGAACAAGUUCAUGGUCUCUAAGUUUGUAGAGGUCUUUGGAAAUUCCAGGCCUGGCCAUGGGUCCAACGAUUUUGUCAUUCCCAUUGUGCCGACUUUUGGCAACAACGACAUUAUGCCUCAUAACAUCUUCACUAGCGGCCCAAAUUCUUGGACAAUGAAUUACCUGGACAUUUGGCGCGGAUUCAUACCCGAGGCACAAAGACAUCAGUUCCAGCAGGGUGGAUGGUUCUCUGUCGAGGUGAUCCCCGGCAAGCUGGCUGCUAUCAGCCUGAACACCAUAUACUUCUUCACGUCAAACUCGGCUGUCGACGGCUGCGCGAAGAAACACGAACCCGGCUACGAACACAUGGAAUGGCUGCGCAUUCAGCUCCAGAUCCUACGAGAGCGUGGCAUGAAGGCCAUGCUUCUAGGCCAUGUGCCCCCCGCUCGCGUCGAUAGCAAGGAGAGCUGGGACGAGACAUGUUGGCAAAAAUAUGCGCUUUUUGUGCGCCAGUUUAGGGAUGUCCUAGUCGGCAGUCUCUACGGACACAUGAACAUUGAUCACUUCAUAGUGCAGGAUUUUGAUCACAUUGAAAAGGACACCGAAAACGGCAGGAUGAAGGCUGCAUGGAACACGGCUUCUCUGGACAAUGAGACAAGUUUGUUUGUCGAUGGCGAGGUCACGCUAGCGUCGGCGUCUGAUUAUCUGUUGGAUCUGCGCAACGUUUGGGCCCGCUUGCCCGCUCCCCCAGCAAAAUCGAACAAGUCUAAGAAACAGGACGUUGAAGAAGAUGACGAGGAAGAAUCGAUAUUGGCGUGGCUCAUGCCAAACGUCUUGAAGUCGUCAAAAGAUAAGAAAGAACAGAAGAAGAAAUAUCUCGAGGAAAUCGGGGGUAAAUACGCCGAACGCUACGCGGUAUCGCACGUUUCUCCCAGUGUAGUACCCAAUUACUUCCCGACCCUGCGCAUUAUCGAGUACAACAUAUCCGGAUUAGAACACUUGAGCGUGGCUUCAAGCCCUAGCAGCCCGUCGGGAAUCGAGAGCUCUGCCAAUCAGCAACCAAUUUCCAUCGACGAUGGUUUUGACGAUGAAGAGUACUUGGAUGAAGUGGAAACUGCGAAGAAGAAGCACAAGGGCAAGAAGGACAAAAAGGGGCCACGAAAGUACAAGUUCAAGGUUCCAGAAGGACCGUCAAAGUCAGCUCCUCCUGGCCCGGCCUAUUCACCUCAACCGCUUACGUGGACACGUAUUGUUCAAUACUACGCAAACCUGACGCAUAUCAACAACGAUUAUGUUGAGCCUCCCUCCGACCCAUCCGAUGGCCUAAGUACUUCUACAAAUGGCUUGUCUGUCGCCACCAUUUUUGGACUCAGUAUCAACUCAGAGGGCAAGAUCGAGAACAACAAGUGGAAGGAAGGAAAGCACAAGAAGCACCAGGGCAAACAGCCGCGCCCCGAGCCACAUCCAAAGGAUUUUAUUUUUGAAGUAGAAUACGAUACACGGAAAGACAAGGGAUUCCCCGAUCUCACCGUGCGCCGAUGGGUCGAAUACGCACGCAAGAUUGCAUCAAAUGAGCAAAAGACAACUGAAAUAGAAGAAUUACAGGAUAUUGAGGAUGAUGUCGGUGAAGAGACCACUGAAGAAUACGACGCAGCAAAAAGAAAGGGCAAGAAGGGCAAGAAGGGCAAACAUCACAAGAAGCACAAGCCAUCCAAGCACUGGUUCAAGUUUGUCAAGCGCGCCUUUGUCAGCACCAUGGACGCGGAUGAGAUUAAGGAAGUGUUUGGUUCAUCGACGACGACGACGGAGCCACUGCAAGAUUCGGCGCAGGAAGUUAUUGAGCUAUAGAGUUUUUAGACUUGUAGAGUGAAAGAGCAAAAGACGGAGUUGAGCAUGAAGCAUGCAGCAUUGUAGCAGUAGAUAUAUACCCUGGGGCGUUGGAAGGGGGAGGGCCUGAGAUUUGGCAGUUUUUGUGUUUAGCACUCGCCUGUAUACGUAUCAUUGCAUGUGCUAGUUCUGUUGUUAUUCUUUUCACUGUGAGCAUAGCGUAGCGUUGAUUUGCGUGAAUACAAUAUUGUAUUUUUUGUGCUUGAAGAGGGGAAUAUGUUUGGCUGUUUCAAUUUGUGCGUUCUUGCUUCUUUGCAGUGACUGAUAAUGGUGUUGGGAUUUUUGGAACGAAAUAGACACCGGACUGAUUUUGGGGGUCCUGGGAUAAAUGGCUAGGUUAUGGGUCAUAUAGAG